UAAUGCAGCAUUCUUUUGGACACCACACCUAGGUCGGAGCACGGUCCUCCUUCAGGGCUCCAGCCUCUUGAUAUUUUUACACUUCAGUGUCAGCUCGAUAGUGAGAAAGAGGGUGAAGACGAAAGAGGGGGAGAGGAGAGAAGAGCGAAGGAGAGAGUGAAGGAGGGGGUGGGGAUCACACAAAAGAGAGAACCAAAAAUAAUUUGAAUUCUUAAGUUAAUUUGCUUGCUGAGCUGGAAUUUUAGCCAUCAUGGAGGGGAGAUGGAAAAUCUGCCCAAGACCGCAGGCUGAUGCCAUUUUUCAAAGCCAGAACUUACUCCAUUUUCUAUGCAAAUGUCAGAAAAGCGAAACACCCUCUUCACCAAGUCAGAGAAGGGGAAGCAACGGCUCUCCGGUUGGGACAAUAUUAUCUGGAAGCUGAAGAAGAAACUGAACGCUCUUUCCCCCCCCCCAUUCCAUUUUCAAUCCGGAGGGGGGAAAAUGAAAUCCCAAGGUCUGCAAAGCUAAAACCCAAUCUCGGAUAUACUACUAAUAGGCGCGGCGCUCAGACUAUAAAACACAACAAAUCAUAAACCCGGCGGAGCAGCAGCGGCCGCGCGCGCCUCCCCUCCCAAUGAGUUCCUAUUUCGUGAACUCCACCUUCCCCGUCACUCUGGCCAGCGGGCAGGAGUCCUUCCUGGGCCAGCUCCCGCUCUACUCCUCCGGCUAUGCGGACCCGCUGAGGCACUACCCCGCGCCCUACGGGCCCGCGCCCGGCCAGGACAAGGGCUUCGCCGCCUCCUCCUACUACCCGCCAGCCGGGGGCGGCUAUGGGCGCGCGGCGCCCUGCGACUACGGGCCGGCGCCGGCCUUCUACCGCGAGAAGGAGUCGGCCUGCGCGCUCUCGGGCGCCGACGAGCCGCCCGCGUUCCACCCCGAGCAGCGCAAGUCCGACUGCGCGCAGGACAAGAGCGUGUUCGGCGAGACAGAGGAGCAGAAGUGCUCCACGCCGGUGUACCCGUGGAUGCAGCGGAUGAACUCAUGCAACAGUUCCUCCUUCGGGCCCAGCGGCCGGCGAGGCCGCCAGACCUACACGCGCUACCAGACGCUGGAGCUGGAGAAGGAGUUUCACUACAACCGCUACCUGACCCGGCGGCGGCGAAUCGAGAUCGCGCACGCCCUGUGCCUGACGGAGAGGCAGAUCAAGAUCUGGUUCCAGAACCGGCGCAUGAAGUGGAAAAAGGAGAGCAAAUUGCUCAGCGCGUCCCAGCUCAGUGCGGAGGAGGAGGAGGAAAAAGCCGCCGAGUGAAGGCGCCGGAAGGGGGAAAGAGGAGGGGGACGCGAAGGGAGAGGCCUGCCGGGUGCCCGGAGGAGGCUCUGCGGACCGGGAGCCUCUGGACUGGCUCCCCCGCGCCCAGCGCCGCGGGCCCUGCGCUCUCCAGGACGCCCCCGCCCGCAGAGGUCCCUCCCGGGGCGCGCGGGGCUCGCCCUGCCCGCGCCCACCCAGCACCCCACGCCUUCUCCUGUCCCGCGGACCCCACCUCGACCGGAGCCAGCGCCCCCGUGAGAACUGAGGACCUGACUCACUUGAUGUUUCCUGGAAAUAGAGCAAAAUGCUCUUGUCCAUGUCGCCUCUCCUCACGUCGUCUAUGUCCCCCCCACCCCCACCCCGUGCACGGUUCAAUGGUAGAUUCGCUGUCCCCUUAGUGGGCCUCGAAGACGCCCUGAUCCCAGACCUGUCGUCUCUCCUGUCCCAUCCCCAAAGCCACUGGAAGGAGCACAUACUACCUAGAAGUAAAAAGAAGAGCCUCAGAAGAAAACAAAGUUCUAUUUUAUUAAUUUUCUAUGUGUUGUGUUUGUAGUCUUGUCUUAGCUCUGGACGUGAAAUACUUCGGUAAUAUUAAUAUUAUUAAUAAUGAUGAUGAUAAUAAUAAUAAUAAAGAC